UGUUAAGAUCCUAGGAUGAAGGCUAUUAAACAGCAAGUGUCCACAAACAACACCAAGGCACAGAACAAGCAAACAGGAAUUCUUGCUGCAGCAAAGGUGAUUGAAACAAAAAGUGAGGAAGAGCUGGAAGAUUAUAUUGUGGAAAUUGAUAUCCUGGCAUCAUGUGAUCAUGAUCAUAUUGUCAAGCUGCUUGAUGCAUUUUACUAUGAAAACAAGCUGUGGAUUCUGAUAGAGUUCUGUGCUGGAGGAGCUGUAGAUGCAGUAAUGCUGGAAUUGGAAAGAGCUCUGACUGAGCCUCAAAUUCGAGUAAUUUGUAAACAUACACUGGAAGCUCUGAGCUACCUCCAUGACAACAAGGUGAUCCACCGAGACUUGAAAGCAGGGAAUAUCCUGCUCACAAUGGAAGGAGAUGUCAAACUGGCUGAUUUUGGGGUCUCAGCAAAGAAUAACAGGACAUUGCAACGAAGGGACUCCUUUAUUGGGACACCUUACUGGAUGGCACCCGAAGUUGUGAUGUGUGAGACGUCAAAAGACAAACCUUAUGAUUAUAAGGCAGAUAUCUGGUCACUUGGUGUCACCCUGAUUGAGUUGGCUCAAAUGGAGCCACCGCACCAUGAGCUGAAUCCUAUGAGAGUCCUACUGAAAAUUGCUAAAGCUGACCCACCCACACUGACGCAACCAUCCCGAUGGUCUCCUGAGUUCAGUGAUUUCCUGAAAAAGGCAUUGGAGAAGAAUGUUGAGAUGAGGUGGUCAUCCCAGCAGUUGCUACAGCAUCCAUUUGUGGUGAAUGUUAACAGCAAUAAGCCAGUGAGGGAGUUGAUUGCAGAAGCAAAGGCAGAGGUAACAGAAGAGAUUGAAGAGAGCAAGGAGGAUGAAGAGGAGGAGGAUUCUGAAAAUGCAGCAGCUUUGCCAGGACAUAAACGUGCCCCAUCAGAUAUCAGCACAGCCAGCUCUGAGGAUGAAAAAUUAUCCCAGUCUCCCUCAGUCCUUGAGGCAGUUUCUGAGAAAAUGGAGACAGAGUCCAUUGAAGAAAAUACAGACAAGGUCAGCGACAAGCUGUCAGAUGAAGGGAUUGGUACCAGUGAAGGGGAGAAGCCAACGGAGAACAAUGCUGCUGACACCAAUAAUGAAGAUGUACAAGGAGGUAGUGAGAAACUGGAUACCAAGGUUGGGAAACCUGUGCCGUUCGAAGAAAAAUCUGAGACCGAAGAGCUAAAUGUGGAGAUCCCAGAAGCUGAUGAAAGCACUGAACAAUCUCUGAAAGAAGUUGAGGUGCAUGAGGAUGUUAGAAAACCUGAAAAUGAAAGAGUCAAAGUGUCAGAGGUAGAAAAGGAAAAUGCAACUGGAAAAGGGAAAGAGGCAGACACAGAGCCAAAUGAAGAUAAAGUGGAGAGAGAGAACAAAACAACCAACCCUGAGGUGACAGAAGCCUUGGCAGAAACACAAGCAGAGAAAAGUGAGCAAGAAGCAGCAAGGGAAGCUUCCAGUGCAACAGUGAUCAGUGUGCAAUCGAAAGAGCAUAUACCUGAAGAAACAAUGGAUGUAAUUCCUGGGGAAGGAAAACAGGAUGUGACAGAGUCAACUGUAAACACCCCAGCUCUUCCCAGUGAAGAAGCAAAAGAGGAGAAGCAGGCUGAUGAUCUCAAAGUAAACUCUGCUACGCAAUCAGUGGAAGGUGAAGGAUGUUGUGAGAUAAAAAUUGUAACUGAGAGUGGUGUAAAAGUAGGGUACACUUCAGAGACAGAGGCUGAAACUAAGGCACAAUCUGAAACUAACCCUUCAGCAGCAGCAGCAGCAGCAGCAGCAGCAGCAGUAACACAGAGUGGCGAGUUGAAUGAAACACAAGAUGCUAUGCCAUAUAAAGUGAGGGAAACAGAGAGUGAGAGUCCAGAUGACAUAAAGCUGGAGAUGAUCCCUGAAAUCAGUGUCACCACUGAAGAAAUGAAGGAAAAUUUGGAUCCUGCUGCACAAUCGAAGGGCAUGGGUAAAGAGAAAGAGAGAGAUGCGGAUUCUGGGAGCGGGUCAAUGGCAGACAACAACAGCAUAGACUUAAGCCUGUCCAUAUCCAGCUUCUUGUCCCGCAACAAGGAGACUGGAUCCAUAUCACUUCAGGAAAUGAAGCAACAGAAAAAAACAUUGAAGAAAACACGUAAGUUUAUGGUCGAUGGUGUGGAGGUAAAAGUGACAACAUCAAAAAUUGUUACAGAUAAUGACAAAAACAAUGAAGAAAUGAGGUACCUCAGGCGCCAAGAGUUGCGUGAGCUGCGGCUUCUUCAGAAAGAGGAACAACGUACACAGCAGCAACUCAGCAAUAAGCUGCAGCAGCAGCGUGAGCAGAUCUUUCGCCGUUUUGAGCAGGAGAUGACAAGUAAGAAGCGUCAGUAUGACCAUGAAAUUGAAAACUUGGAACGGCAGCAGAAACAGACAAUUGAGCGUCUUGAACAAGACCACACUACCCGCUUGCGAGAUGAAGCAAAGAGGAUCAAAUCCGACCAGGAAAAGGAGCUGUCAAAAUUCCAGAGCAUUUUAAAAAAUCGCAAAAAAGAGGUUAAAAAUGAAGUGGAUAAACUCCCCAGAGAACAGAGAAAAGAACAAAUGAAACGAAUUCGAGAGGAGCUUUCGCAGUCCUUGCAUGCUCAGGAACAGGAGUUUCUCCAGAAGCAGCAGCAGGAGUUGGAUGGAGCACUGAAGAAAAUUAUUCAUCAGCACAAACUGGAGCUUGCUACCAUUGAACGCGAGUGUCUCAACAACAAACAGCAGCUGAUGAGAGCCAGAGAGGCAGCAAUUUGGGAACUGGAGGAGCGGCAUCUACAAGAAAAACAUCAACUUCUCAAGCAGCAGUUGAAAGAUCAAUACUUCAUGCAGAGGCACCAACUUUUAAAAAGGCAUGAGAAGGAAAUGGAACAGAUGCAGAGAUACAACCAGCGACUUAUCGAGGAUCUGAAGAAUCGACAAACUCAGGAGAGAGCCAGGUUGCCCAAAAUCCAGCGCAGUGAAGCCAAGACCCGCAUGGCCAUGUUCAAAAAGAGUCUGCGAAUUGGCUCCUCGAGCUCACCAGAGCAAGACCGGGAGAAAAUUAAACAGUUUGCUAGCCAGGAGGAGAAGAGACAGAAAAAUGAAAGGCUACAGCAGCACCAGAAACAUGAAAAUCAGAUGAGAGACCUUCAGCUCCAGUGUGACGCCAAUAUUCGGGAAUUGCAGCAGCUACAGAAUGAAAAGUGCCAUUUGCUAAUCGAACACGAGACACACAAACUGAAGGAGGUGGAUGAAGAGCAUGGUCAGGAGCUGAAGGAGUGGAGGGACAAACUUAGACCCAGGAAGAAGGCUUUAGAGGAAGAAUUUGCUCGCAAGUUGCAGGAGCAGGAGGUCUUUUUCAAGAUGAGUGGUGAAUCUGAAUGCCUCAAUCCAUCUGCACAGAGCCGUAUUUCCAAGUUCUACCCCGUCCCAAGCCUGCAUUCUACAGGAUCCUAACUGUGGGGCUCCCAGGAGUUUCUCUUACUCAUUCAGUAAACAAAUGUUUGAUAGUGCUGAUCCAGUCACCUGCAGCAGGACCCUUUACUAUCUUUGAGUUUGAAGACAGUCAGGAUGCAGCUGUUUGAAUUUACAUGUUUUGAACCUUAUUGGAUUGUUUGCACCUGGAGAUCCUGGAUAAGAUGCAAGACUGCAUUUCCUAGCAGUCCAAAGUGGAAGACAUGAUGGGAGUGGUGUGUCUGUAUCAUUCAUAGCACAACUUUAAUAAUUUUUAAUACUCUUCUUUUGCCGAACCUUUUGAUCCUAUUGUCUGUUGGCCACAGAGCAGGAAAAUAGACUCUAGGUUCCUGUAUUAGGUCACAGAAGAUCUUUGUAUCCAGAGAGAUAUGCUAGAAAUGCAGUGAGAGUUCUGGUGAAAUGGUAAUAGUUGUCUAAUGAAUCAUGGAGUAUUGCCAUGUCUAAGAGUUUCCAUUGCAAUUAGCAGGUUUUAAUAGAUAUUGCAGAUUUCUGCAUUAUUCAGCGCUAUCUAAUAGCUUAUCAAUUCAACCAGAAAUAAGCAUUUUCAAGUCUGCGAGUUUGACAGCAUCUGUGAAGAGAGAAAAAUGAGUUUCAGGUCUUGCAUUAUAUCAGAGCUAAUGGAAGUCACUGACUUGAAACAUUAGUUCUUGUUUCUGUCUCCACAGAUGUCAAUGCAGAUUUUUUGUGUGUAUGAAUCAUUUGCUGUUGAAUUUCAGCCUUUUUGUGAAAAGGGGCCUUGCAUCUCAAUGACACAAAACCUUAAAUCAGAAAUAUGACCAUGCUGUAACCUUUGACUGAUACUGAGCAAAAACGUCACUUUGCACUUAGUGCCCUCAUUGAGCGAAAUCAGAGAUUAGGAACAUUAAAACUACAAUACCACAACACUCAGCUGAAUUCAACCUGUGUAUCGGUACUGACUGUAUACUGCCCUAGAGCCUGAAAUAUAAGGGUGCUUGAUUUGGAUGAAUAAAUGUUAGCGAGUUUUGAGAAUGAAAAUGAACCUUCCAGCUCAGCGAGCAAACACACAUCCUUGGAUGAAUAAAAUUAUGCAUGAUUUGUGGAAACUAACUAAUGUUUAGACCCUAUUCAGCAUGAAAUGCUGGAAUUGUGAUAAAAUAUUCUGGUAUCAACUUGGUUGGUUAGAAGCACGUUGAUUCAGCAAAUCAUGCGUUCAGGAACCAUCACUACAUUUCCCUAAAUAUUGUUGUUUUCCAAAAAAAAGUUGUAUUUCCCUAAAUUCCCAGGAGA